AUGUCCGGAACAGGCGCCUUGAUGACUGUCCAUGUUGGACAAUGCGGUAACCAGUUGGCUCAAGCGUUCUGGAAAUCGAUGGUCGACGAACAUGGAAUCAAUGAGCGCGGCCAAACAACUCACGAAGACGACAUGAAUGACAAGAAGGAUUUAUUGUUCUAUCAAGCAGAUGACGAUCAUUACGUUCCCCGAGCAGUACUGGUCGAUUUGGAACCUCGAGUAAUCAACGGAAUGAUGCAGUCGCCAAGCUUCUCAAAUCUUUUCAACACCGAUAACAUUUUCAUGUCUGAUCACGGAGGUGGUGCUGGAAAUAACUGGGCUAGUGGUUAUUUCCAAGGACAGGAAGUUAAAGAAAAAAUAAUGGAUAUCAUUAUUCGAGAGGCAGAGAACACCGACAACUUGGAUGGUAUUCUAUUCACACACAGUGUUUCUGGAGGAACUGGAUCUGGAACCGGAUCACUGUUACUUGAAAGUCUUCGUGAAGCUUUUCCGAAAAAAGUGAUUCAGACAUACAGUGUAUUCGCUAACAGUGAUGCCACUGGAACUACUGACGUUGUUGUUCAUCCAUACAACUGGAUUCUUUCUAUGCAGAGACUGAUUGAAAAUCCUGAUCACGUAGUUGUUCUUGACAAUGCAGCACUUCAUCGUCUCGCUGCUGGAAAGUUCAAAACAGAUACCCCAACUUUCGAUCACAUUAACUCUCUUGUUGCAAGAAUCAUGAGUACUUCUACAGCUAUGUAUCGUUUCAAUUCUUCAGUUUGUCCGUCCAUUCGAUAUCUAGAUUUGGCCCCGUUCCCACCAAUGCAUUUCAUCCAGUCCGCCAUUUCCCCAGUUGUCGAUCCGAAUGAGAACUUCACACGUAAGACUUCUGUUGCUGAUGUUACUCGUUUUCUUCUAAAACCAACUUCAAUGAUGGUGUCGACUGCUUCUCGUGUCAGACCGAAUGACUGUAUGUUAUCAGCUUACAUGUUCCUCCAAGGACAAAUUGAAGCUCAUACUAUAAUGUCCGCUGAGCAGACUGUCGAUUUCCAAAUCAAACGACCUCCAUUCUACAUGUUGAAGCCUCUUCGAAUGAUGCAUGCCCCAUUAUCUCCUUACGUCAGACCACAGUACAAGGUUUCCGGAUUGUUGCUCAAUAACAGUACCAGUGUCGCUCCAUUAUUUGAAUCUUUACUGUCGAAGUAUGACAGACUCAGAUCGAAGAAGGCCUUCAUUGACAAAUUUGAAAAAAUUGAUAAUUUCUCAUUGGACAUGAUGGACGAAGCAACGCAUAUUGUGCAAGAUUUGCUUGACGAGUACAAAGCAGUGGUCCAAAAUGGCUAUCUGACAAGAGGACUUUAA